AUGGUGGUCCAACUCAAACUGCAUUUCAACGUUUAUUUCGCCGAGAAAUACGAUUUUGACGAGUUUAUGAACAACAGAUGGAGAUUCGUCCUCGAGAACUUCCCUUUCGUGGCAGCACUGGAUGAAUUCCUUAAUUUGGAAGCCAAAGAAGUGGAGAAAUGGCUUUCAAGAGACGAUAUUUCCGUUGAAACGGAAGCCGAUGUUUUUAAGAUCGUACUUGAGUGGAUUAAACACAGCAAAAGCGAGCGAAAAGCAUUGUUCGAACAGUUGUUUCGCUACGUUAGACUGGUUUUGAUGUCGCGUGACUACUUGAUAGAUGUCGUGACAAAUGAACUUGUGCGAGAGAGCUUUGCUUUUUUAAUGUUGACCUGUUCGGGUUUAAAAAUGUCUAGUUUCUCAAGUGAAAGAGGUGUACUCCAAACGCCGAGAAAAGGAGUCGAACUACACGGCAUUGUAGCGUGUGGGGUGAUAUUAUUUUCCCGAAAAGGACCAGUGGAAACGACUACCAGAUGGGAGGUCGACAGGCCACACCCAAAUGACAAGACUCCGGACUAA